AUCAAGCACUGCAAACCUCUCCUAAACACAAUGAUCGAAUCAGUAAAGCGAAGAUUUGCUGAAAGUUUGGCUGACGCAGAGUUGCACAUCGCCGCCAUGGUACAUCCUCUCUUCAAGGCAAAAUGGAUGCCGGAAGGCGAGGAGCGUGAUGCUAAAGUCCAAGGUAUUGUAGACGUCUUUCGAUCCUUCAAGAACGACCAAGUUGACUUGGAAAAUAGGAAGCAGUCUUAUUCAGCGGCCGAUGGUAUUCAAAGCGAGGAUUCGGACUACAGCCCGCAGAGAAAGAAGACCAAGAAAGAUUUCUUCAAAUCAAUUUUGACAAACACAGUACCAGCGGAAUCCAACGAGGUUGAUUUGUUCCUUGCCGACCAGUCUACAAAGAUAAGCAGCCUGAACAAAUACCCAACCAUUAAGGCCAUAUUUAUCAAGUACAAUGCUGCAUUUCCUUCCUCGGCCUCUGUCGAGCGCUUAUUCAGCGUUGCAGGAAGGAUUUUACCCCACUAA